UGGAUUGGUUAAACCGUGCAGAAGACAACCUCACUCGGCACUUUUGCAUCCUUGUCAAGAUCAGUAUGUAAGGCAUCUACUUUCAGGCGUUAGAUGCGAUGCCUCACAUAUGACGUUGGGUUGGAUUCUCAUUGGUUGUUUAGGCUUGGUCAUAUGACCACACGCUCGAGACGGCGUAGCCAAUUUGUAAAGUAUAUGCUCUGGUAUUUUUUCAUUCUGGCAAUUGCAUUUUGUUUAUCUACAUUUAGUUGUUAAAAACAAUAGCCUAAUGUAACCGGUAAAAACAUUAACGAUAAUUUACAUUCGGUAAUUUAAUCCAUGACGGAUUUCACAAGACCUGGCCGCAUGAUUUCAGGUAUGGAUGGGCUCAGUGAGUAAGGUCACUCAUCAGGCACCAUAGAGAUACAGCUCAACACGUUUCCUGUCACUUCAACCACAAACAACAAGGCACUUAUCCCUGAUUGCUCCUGUAAGUCACUCUGGAGCCUUUUCUGAGCUUCCUGAAGAACUUUGUCAAAAGAGACAGUACUCUGUAACCAUGAUUUCUGAUAUUCCCUACGAGAAGAUGUGUAAUGUGGAGUCGAGGAGAGAAGAGUCCUGCAGGAAAGCACAGAUGUAUUAUAGGUGUCUGCUGGGUCUCACUGGGGUGGUCAGUCUGCUAUUGGCUGCCGUGUUCCUCCAGACCCUGCUGCUUCCCGUGGUUAACUCCUCCCCAAACAAGCCCGGCUUCCAGCUCCCACUUCCUCUCACUGACACCUGCACCGACCCCUGCAAAAUCGUUCUAUUGGAGAGCAUCCCAGAGGGGUUAGAGUUCAAUUCUAGUGUCACCAACCCAUCCAUCUACCAGGCUUGGCUAAACCUGAUUAGUGAGGCUCGCAGUAGCGUGGACAUUGCGUCUUUCUAUUGGACGCUCACCAACAAAGACACAGGCUCUCAUGAGCCAACGGCGGAUAAGGGUGAGGAUGUCCUGAAUAGGCUAGCUCAGGUGUCUGGGAAGCUCUCUGUCCGCAUCGCUGUAAAUACACCAACAGAGUCCCAACAUCACGAAGACCUCAAUCUAUUACAAAGUUCUGGUGCUGAUGUAAGAGCCGUGAACAUGCGGGAUUUGACCACUGGAGUACUUCACACCAAGUUCUGGGUGGUGGACAAGAAGCACAUCUACAUUGGCAGUGCCAACAUGGACUGGAGGUCCCUUACCCAGGUGAAGGAGCUGGGGGCUGUGGUGUACAACUGCAGCUGCUUGGCUGCAGACCUGGGGAAGAUCUUCGAGGCCUACUGGUACCUUGGGCAAAAAGACACACCCAUCCCGUCCCCUUGGCCCAGCAGUUUCAACACUCUUUACAAUAAGGACUCUCCCCUGCAGUUACCACUCAACGGCACAGCCUCCCACGUGUAUCUGACGAGUUCUCCACCAUCUUUCUGUGCUGCUGGGAGGACCGGAGACCUGCAGUCUAUUCUCAGUGUGAUGGAGGAUGCACAGGAGUUUAUCUACAUCGCUGUCAUGAACUACCUGCCCACCAUGGAGUUCUCGCGACCCAAACGGUACUGGGCAGAAAUUGACACUCAGAUCAGACGUGUGGCAUACGAGAAGCGGGUGAAGGUGCGUCUGCUCAUCAGCUGUUGGGCCAGCACUUCGCCUGUCAUGAUCCCCUUCCUGAAAGCCUUGGAUUCAAUGCAGAAACCCAAGGCCAAGCUGGAUGUCCAGGUGAAACUCUUUGUUGUGCCAGCCAAUCCCAAGCAGAAAGAAAUCCCCUUUGCCAGGGUCAACCAUAACAAGUACAUGGUGACGGACAAGGUCGCCUACAUAGGUACCUCUAACUGGUCUGGAGACUAUUUUGUGAACACUGCUGGAUCGGCUCUGGUGGUGAACCAAACGGCUGCCCAGUCAGUGGAGCCUACGGUCCAGGCACAACUACAGGCCGUGUUCGAAAGGGACUGGGACUCCGGCUACAGCACCCCAAUCCACCAGCACACCGACCUCAAAAUGGUGUGUUAGAUACAAUACUACACUCUAGACCAGGGGUUCCCAACUCCAGUCCUGGAGUACCCCCCCAAUAGCACACAUUUUUGCUGUAGCCUCUGGUAAAUUUGGGGGGGAUUCAACUCCUUGAGGGCCUGAUGAUUAGUUGACAAGUUCAAUCUGGUGUGCUUGUCUGGGGCUACAAUACAAAAGUCUACUGUUUGAGAUACUCGAAGCCUGGAGUUUGGAACCCCCACUCUAGAAUGUUACAGGGCCUGUGUCCUCCAAGCCAGCAUGGGGAGGAAUGUAUUCUAAUCAGCAGGUGUUUCUGGGAUGAUUUCUUAAAUUGCAGCACUUUAAAAAAAUAAAUAAUUGCAGGAGUAGCAGGAGUUAUGUACUGUAGCAGGUGUGUAAAACGAUGCUGCCCUCUGCAGCGUCAAUGGGUCUAUCACAUCAAUGAUCAAAAGACAAGCCUGUGUGUUAGCAAUAAGGCAUUAUCAGCUUCAACUCCUCAGGAAUAAAUCCCAGUGAAUCUCAGGGAGGUUGCUAUAUUACGUGUUGAAUGUUUGGACUGAUGUUUCUUGGCAUGCUGGUUUGAUCCUUUUAUUCAUUAUAAUGUAUGUUUGGUGUGUUGUGCCUCGUUUUUCUAUGCAGCCUAGACUCUAGGUUUUUUUAAUUCAAUCAUUCUGAAUCCUAGCUUUAAAACUAGUAUGUUUCCCAUAGGAUUGUGCAGCAACUGAUUUCAUGUGUACAAUUAAGUCCAGAAUUUCUUUUUCUGGAAUUUGCACUGCGUGGAGGGUCUAAUAUGAGUAGUACAGUGGAGAAUGUUACAACAACUGUCAAAGUACUUAAGUGUUUAAAAGCACUGCACUGUGUAUUAUUUGGCGUGCACUGUUACUGUACAAUAUUGAUCACAUUUUGUACACACUUCUUCCUUUGUGGUAAUGUCCCUAAUAAAUUGAAUUUAAACA